AUGGCUAGUAUAUUUGGAAUUACAAAUGAGCUAAAUAAGGCUCUGCAAAAACAUGAUCAAGAUAUUGUUAAUGCAAUGACCAUGGUUGAUGUAACCAAGUACAAUUUGCAAAAGAUGAGAGAUGAAGGAUGGGAUUUUCACAUGGAGAAAGUCACUUCAUUUGUGGCUAAAUAUGACAUCCAAUUUCCAGAUAUGGAGGCAAACUAUCAAGUCCCUGGAAGAAGUGUGUACCGAGGUAAUAAGCCCCAAGUUACAAAUCUCCACCAUUUUCGAGUUGAAGUUUUCAUAAGUGUCAUUGAUCUCCAGUUGCAAGAACUUGAAAAUCGAUUCCCCGAGAUAAGAAAGGAAUUACUUGUGUGUAUGUCUUCCUUUAAUCCUGCAAAUCGGUUUGCUUCUUUUGACAAAGAAAACUUGAUCCAACUUGCAAAAUUCUAUCCUAAUGAAUUUCCAAGUUCUGAAAUGAUAAUAUUUGAUCAUUCACUUGAUAAUUUCAUUGUUGACAUUCGAAGCGAUGAGAGAUUUUGGAAUGUGAAGAAUCUUAGUGAGCUUUCCAUGAAGCUUGUCGAGACAGAAAAGGAUGGAACUCAUGAUAGAGUGUACUUGCUUUUGAAGUUGGUCUUGAUUCUUCCCGUGGCUACGAGAAAGAUUUUGAAUGUUAGCAUGGAUGAUAUCAUAGAACGAUAUCAAAACAUGAAAUCUCGCCGAGAACAAUUGUAA